GGCGGAAGGGCUGUUGCCCUUGACAACCCGGGCGGCCUGAGGAGCUUGACAACCAGCUGAGCGCUAGACUGCGCUGCUGCCUCUGAUGGCUAUGCAGCCAGGUCUAGCGCCUAGAGCACCAUCCACCGUGAUCUGUCUCUUCAGCCUGAUCCUGGGCCUGAUAGGGUGAACUGGAUCCUUGGGGCUUGGGACAAGUGAAAUGUGAGAAGUCUGAUAAUAAAGAUAUCACUGAAGGUUAAAAACAAAAUCAACCAGAGGAAAUUCUGAAAGUAUGGGAUGUGGAGAAUCAAAAAUAUCUGUAGCAAAUACUAUUGUCUUAGGGGUUAUCCAGAUUAUGAUUGGCAUCUAUCAUGUACUCAUGUGGUAUUUCCUAUUGGUAUUGUAUAUGGGACAAAUUAAAGGAGUAUUUGGGACUUAUGAACCUUUAACUUACAAAAUGGGAACUGCUUUAUGGGGAAUUGCUUUUGUCAUUUCAGGAGCCUUCACAAUAAAAGCAGCAAGAAAACAAAAUAGAAAUAUGGUUGUCUGUACUCUGUCCCUGAACAUGCUCUGCAUCAUGGUUGUGCUCAUUGCAGCCAGCCUGACAAUAGUGGAGUUGGCUCACUUCCGCUCUGUGUCAUACAGGAAUUAUGGACAAGCAAAGCUGGGGAGGGAAGUGUCCCGUAUUCUGUUGUAUUCCUACCCCCUGGAAUUUGGGGUCGCCCUCUCAUACUCAAUCUGCAACUGUUCGCAAUUGGGAAGAAGACAACAGGGAAGUUUAGAAACUGUUACUGAUGCCGUGGAGGGCACAUUAUUCUGAAAGCUGGAGACAUGAACAACUUUCAUGACUGCUGACGCCUGAUGUAUGUGCCCAUGAUAUUUCUGUAGAACAAGGCUGCUGCACAAUGCAUGCCUCUUGUGCAAAAGGAAGUUCACAGCAGGUUAAAAAUUACCCCCUUGGUGUGUAAGGAAUGUUUACACAUAUAUCUUCUAGGUUCCAGAGGAGAAAGCUUUUCCUAUGUAAGCAAGAGACUAUCAAAAGGAAGCAUCUGCCAGCUAGCAACUCUGAAAAGCUGUCAGCUCUCCACAACACAUCAUCUGCAGUAGAUCGCAAAAUGCUGUUUGUAACCUGUAGAGUGCAGGCUAUGAAAUUUAGAGCACAAUCUGUAAUUCAGAGGAAAACUUUAAUUUCUGUCCCUGUGAGUGAAAACCACAUUCCACAUUCUGCAUUCCUCUCCUCAAGCUAGCUUCUACCUCCACAAAGCAAGGAUCAAAUGGUCACCAAUUCAACGCCUUUAUUGUCCCAUGGCUUUUCCUGUCCUCAUUAAAGUUCCUUUCUGUCCUA